AGCCACUUUUGGGCUCUGUUCGUCCGACGCCGGGCCCUCCUCAUCCGUGCCCUGGGGCAGCGGCACCCGCCCGCGCCCACCCGCCGCAUUGGCGGCCUGGCACGCUCCGGGAGGCAGAACAUUUGGACGUCGAGUAAAUUGUGGGUUAUUUGGGUUUCUGUGUAUUUAUUUGUGUAUCUCUGGGCCCCUUGAGUCUAGGAGGCCUUCAGUACCUACUUCUUCCGACCGGCGGGUCACAAACGCCAGCAGCAUGGCGACCGGCUCCAGCGCUGCGGGCCACGGUGCUGCGCGCGAGGCGCCUGCGGCGCCCGCCUGGGGCGCACCGGGCCGGGCCAUUGCCGCAUUGGCCGCGGCCAGCGGUCCGCCGCGGCCGCGCUGGGCAGACUACUCCAGCGACGACGAGGGCUCGUGCGCGGACUGGGGCGAGGGCGGCGAGGCCCUGGGCGCCCCCCGCGUGCCCCGCGGGAGCGUCGGCGGCAGCAGCGCGAGCACGGAGGCCGUGGACGACGAGGGCGGCGAGAGCGAGCAGGGCGGGCAGCCGGGCCGCGGCACGCCCGCGGGCGGGUGCGCCCUCGCCGAGGCCGUCCCGCUCGUGAACCUGGUGCUGCGGAACCUCCCGAGCCGCGCCGGGUCCGAGGCGAUCGUCGGUGCUCUCGGGGACUUCGGCUACGGUGGGCGCUUCGAGUACUUCUACAUCCCCUGCAAGCCGCGGGACGGUAUGAAUCGCGGGUACGCCUUCGCGGGCUUCGAGGACGACGCCCACCAGGCGGGCCUCUUCCGCGCCGCCGUGCACGGCCGGCGCCUCCCGGGCAGGAACAGCUCUAAGGCCCUCAGCGUGGACGUCGCCGACUCCCACAUCGGGGGCUGAGCCUCGCACUCUCCCGCGCGGCGGUGCCGACGCCGUGGGGUCCGAUCCUGGCGAACCGGGGCGGCAUCCGGCUCUCGGCGGCGCCGUAGGCGGCGCGCGCGCCCGGGCCGUGGCGCGUCCUCGGCGCGCAGGCUCGGGCCGGCCGCCGCGGUCGUCCUGUGCCGGGGGGCCCCA